UGUAACUGACAUAGAGCCCAGCCUGGAGUUCCUUAGCGCUGAUGGUGAAUAGCCACUGCUGCGGUAACGGGCGGAGGAGAAGAAGCCGCAGAAGGAGUCAGGAGUGGCAGCGGAGUGAUAAUUCGGAGCUGGUCUUUUAGAUUUAGAAGUAUUGCGUGUAUCAUCGGACCAUCACAAACCCCAAAAAGGAAGGGAAGGGAAAAAUAAGGAAAGAUGGCGGCCGCGGCCUCGCCGGGCUCCGGCUCGUCCACCUCCUCAGACUGGAUUGUACUGAGAGACGGUUGCCUGCGUUGCGACGAGGAGGGCCUGCGAAGCCUUUCCUACCACCCGGCCCUGAACGCUAUCUUGGCCGUUACCAGCCGCGGCAGUAUCAAAGUUAUUGACGGCACUUCGGGGGCCAUUCUCCAGGCUUCAGCCUUGCACGCUAAACCUGGUGGCCGUGUCAGAUGUCAGUACUUUCCUGCAGUGGACAAGGUGCUUUUUGUGGAUGACUAUGCAGUGGGAUGCAGGAAGGACCUGAAUGGCAUCCUGCUCCUGGACACAGCUCUCCAGCCUCCAGUGGCGAAGCCUGAGGACAUGGUUCAGCUGGAGCUGCCGGUGACAGAGGCCCAGCAGCUGCUGUCAGCCUGUCAGGAAAAGAUUGACGUGUCCAACACAGAGGGCUACGAACUCUUUAUCACCCAGCUCAAAGAGGGCCUGAAGAAUACCUCACAUGAGACAGCAGCCAAUCACAAAGUGGCCAAGUGGGCGACAGUGACCUUCCAUCUCCCCCACCAUGUGCUGAAGCUAGUGGCCAGCACCAUUGUCAGUGAGUUAAAGAAAAUCAACCAGAACGUAGCUGCCUUGUCUGUGGCCUCAUCCAUCAUGGACAGGCUCUCCUACCUCUUGUCAAGUGCCAGGCCUGAGCUUGGGGUGGGCCCUGGGCGCUCUGUGGACAGAUCCCUGAUGUACAGUGAAGCUAACAGGAGGGAGACGUUUACAUCAUGGCCACAUGCCGGGUACAGGUGGGCUCAGCCUGAUCCGAUGGCUCAAGCAGGUUUUUACCACCAGCCUGCCUCAACAGGGGAUGACAGAGCCAUGUGUUUCACCUGCAGUGUGUGUCUGGUCUGUUGGGAACCGACAGAUGAGCCAUGGUCGGAACACGAGCGACAUUCUCCAAAUUGUCCAUUUGUAAAGGGAGAGCACACACAAAACGUCCCGCUGUCAGUGACGCUGGCGACCAGCCCCGCCCAGUUUCCCAACAGCCCUGACAGUUCAGACAAGAUCGCCUGCUAUGGCUUCGGCAGCUGCCCGCAGUUCCUGGCUGCUGCCACCAAAAGGGGCAAGAUGUGCAUCUGGGACGUCUCUAAAAUGAUGAAGGUGCAUCUGAAGUUUGAGAUCAACCCACACGACCCUGCCAUCCUGAGGCAGCUGAUCCUGUGUGGUGGAGACCAGAGCCAGCAGAUGCUGACCGAGUCCCGGAGACCAACUCUGGCCUGGCUGGAGGAGUCCUCUUCCUGCUCUGACCUACCCAAGCUAGAAGGGGACAGUGAUGACCAGCUGGAGGAUUCAGACAGUGAUGAGCAUUCCCGAUCAGAGUCGAUAACAGGCCAGCCGUCUCAGUGGGAGAGCAUGGACGUGAGCCUCGGAGUGACGGCGCUGAGUGUGCUCCAGCAGCCAGAGAAGCUCCAGUGGGAGGUGGUUGCCAGUGUGCUGGAGGACACGGUCAAGGACCUGGAGGAGCUGGGUGCCAACCCCUCACUAAACCAAGCCAAGGCCCACAGCCAGGCCAAAACAAAGGACAAGGUCCCUGACCACCACAACAUUCCCUUCCCCUGCCUGCUGGCCGGAGGCCUGCUCAGCUAUCGCUCAGCAUCCAGUACCCCAAUGGCUGGACCCCCAUCCACAGCCCCAUCUACAACACGCAGGACCACAGAAGGACCCCUAAGGACUCAGGGCCCUGAGCCCUUCCAACCUGGGUCUCUACCGGACCAGGGUCCCAUGGAGAUAGAGACCUGCAACCCCCAGACUGCAGCCCAGCAGCAAGGCUUCUCUAAUCUAGCAGGUUCCCAACCUCCCAGUCCCUCCUCUCUGCAGCCUGUGCGCAGGACUAUACCCGUACUGUUGCUGUACAGUAUCAGAGAGGUGGAUGACAAGUCCUCAGGGCAGGUGUUUGCUCAGAUGAACAACAUUAUGAGUAAGGGGCUCCAUGAGGAGGGUUUCACUGUGCCACAGAUCAUAGAGAUGGAGUUUGACACACACGAGCAGCUUCUCCUUCAGGAUCCUCCAAUCACCUACAUUCAGCAGUUUGCUGAUGCAGCAACUAACCUGGCAGGGUUAGAUGGUCACAUGGACAAAUGGAGCUCACUUGCUGCAGCAACUGUCUCCGCCCCGCCUCGACCUGGAGCACUGGUGCAGUGCUUGAGACUGCCCAAACAGCUGGAGGAUGAGAAUCUUUAUGUGGACUCGAUCACGCCCUGCUGGGAUGGUGUGCACCUCCUGGUGGGUCUGCAGCCAUGCGGCACUGAAUCUCUGAGCGCUACAAACCAAGUGGAGGCUCUCAACAAUCUCAACCGUCUGCACUCUGCCCUAUGCAGCCAGCGCAAAGGAGACCCCCUACACCCAGUGGCCAACGGGGUGGAAGGCCACCACCCAGGGGAGUCACCGCCCCAGACACCCCUCAUUCUGCCCCCAGGAGACCAGCAGCAGCAGAGGUCCGCGGGUGGGGGGAGUGGAGGGGGCUAUCUUGCGCUCUACAAGCUCAACUACUCCACCCGUAUUGUCACCUUGGACGAGGAACCCGUGAAGGUGCAGCAGAUCUGGGACCCUUGUGAUGCAAUCACCUCUCUUAUAUUGCUUCCUCCAGAUGUGCUUGAUAGCAGGGAGGACGACAGUGAAGAAGCUCCUGAGGAGCCUCUUCCUUCUGCUCCCAAAAAUGGCUUGUCUGGGUUUGGAAUGGGCCUAGCAGGAUCUGCUGGCUCUGGUGCUGCGUGUGGAGCAGCCACAACGAGCAGCAGCAGCGCUACUGUCACUGGUUCCUCCACCUCCGCCUCCAGCCCCAAAGACUGCAAGCGGUUAGAGGUGGCAGGCCUGGGUCACCUGGUGGUGACCACACGGGCUGGGUACAUUAUGAUUCUGGACCUGUCCACAUUAGAGGUCCUGGCCAAGGUGGAGCCGUCUAAGAAGGAGGGGUCAGCUGAGGAGACAGACCCCUUUGUAUCAGUUACCUAUUGCUCUGGGACCGAUCGCCUUUGUGCCUGCACCAAAGGUGGAGAACUUCAUUUCCUUCAAAUUGGAGGUGUGUGUGACGAUAUAGAUGAUGGAGACAUGUUUAUUGAUGGCCCCCUUUCUAAAGGGGCUGAACUGCUGCUUGAGGGGGCCAAGCCCUCCUCCAACCCUUCUAGCCCAGGGAUCACAGGAGUGGACCUCCUGGUGGACCAACCGCUGACCACGGAGAGCCUGAUGUCCCUGGUGGAGCUGACGCGCUUUGAGACAUUGACCCCCCGCUUCUCAGCCACAGUGCCGCCAUGUUGGGUGGAGGUGCAGCAAGAGCAGCAACAGCGACGCCACCCGCAGCAUCUUCACCAGCAACACCACGGAGAUGCAGCCCAGCACACCCGCACCUGGAAGCUUCAGAGUGAUAGCUCCAGCUGGGACGAGCACGUGUUUGAGCUGGUGCUGCCGAAAGCUUGCAUGGUGGGCCAUGUGGACUUCAAGUUUGUCCUGAACGCCAACAUCGUCAACAUACCUCAGAUCCAGGUCACUUUACUGAAGAACAAGGCACCUGGGCUGGGCAAAGUCAGCGAGACGGCGGUGGACAGACAAAUCUCCUUCCCCCUCUCCAAUGUCCUCCACACUAAUGGGGAGAGGAAUGGCCAGCCUGUCCUGCAUGACUUCACAGAGGACAUUCAGUUCAUGGACAUAGAGGAGACAUCAGGCUCCAUGCUGUGUCCAUUCCUAGAGGACCACAAGGAGGACAUCCUGUGUGGUCCAGUGUGGCUGGCCAGUGGCCUGGAUCUCUCUGGCCAUGCAGGCAUGCUCAGCCUCACUAGCCCCAAACUGGUCAAAGGUAUGGCUGGAGGGAAGUACCGCUCCUUCCUGGUUCACAUUAAAGCAGUGAGUGACAAGGGCAUGGAGGAGAGCCCCCGGCCUCUGGUCAGAAUGCCCAGCGCCAAGCCCCAGGGCACCAAAGCCCACUCACUGUCCACCCUUCUGCAGCGGGCUCAGGCCUCCAAGGAGAAGGUUUCUGCAGUGAAAACAGAGACAGCAGCUCCCUCAAAGAAAGCAGAGAACCUGCGAGGCUGCGACCUGCUGCAAGAAGUUUCAGUAACAAUCAGAAGGUUCAAGAAGACGUCGAUACCCAAAGAGAGGGUCCAACGCUGUGCCAUGCUGCAGUUCCCAGACUUCCAUGAGAAGCUGCUGGACACGCUGUGUCGGCGGACAGAGGGCAGCCCGGCCACUGAGCACGCCCAGAGCCUCAUCCUCGACAUCUUGUGCUGGCUGGCUGGGGUGUUCUCCAACGGUCCGUGCAGCUUAAGAGAAGGAAAGGAGGGACUGCUGGCAAAGACCCGGACACGGCUGACAGAUAUUGUGCGGGUGUGUUUCUUCGAGGCUGGUCGGAGCAUAGCGCACAAAUGUGCUCGCUUUCUUGCACUUUGUAUUAGCAAUGGAAAAGGAGACCCAAGCCAACAGGGUUUGGGUGUCAGUCUUCUGAAGUCUCUCCUUGACAACAUGCCUUACUUGACUGCAGCAGCAACGGGUGGGUCAGUGUUCUGGUACUUUGUGCUGCUCAACUAUGUAAAGGAGGAGGACCUGGCGGGCUGCAGCACGGCCUGCGCCUCUCUGCUCACCGCCAUCUCUCGACAGCUGCAGGAUCGCCUCACCCCACUGGAGGCACUGCUGCAGACCCGGUACGGUCUGUACAGCUCUCCGUUUGACCCGGUGCUCUUUGACCUGGAGGUCAGUGGUUCCUCCUGUAAGAAUGCCUUCAACAGCAGCAUCGGAGUCCAGUCAGAUGAGAUCGACCUCUCUGACAUUAUUUCAGGAAAUGGAAAGGUGAGCAGCUGUGCAGCAGCAGAGGGCAGCUUCACAGCGUUAACAGGACUCCUGGAGGUGGAGCCUUUGCACUUUACUUGUAUCUCUACUAGCGAUGGCACACGUGUGGAACGAGAUGACGCAAGCAUGUUUACUGUGAGUACAUUUGGCGUGACCCCGGCUGUGGGCGGCCUGUCGACGGGAGCGGUUGGCGAAGCUUCUACAGCACUGAGUUCUGCGGCCCAGGUGGCGCUCCAGUCACUGUCCCACGCCAUGGUGUCAGCGGAGCAGCAGCUACAGGUGCUGCAGGAGAAACAGCAGCAGCUGCUCAAGCUGCAGCAGCAGAAGGCCAAGCUGGAGGCCAAGCUACAUCAGACCACGUCUGCAGCCGCUGCUGCCGCCUCUGGUGUGGGACCCAUCCACAACUCUGUGCCUUCCAACCCUUCCUCUGCUCCAGGCUUCUUUAUUCACCCCUCUGACGUCAUUCCCCCGACACCUAAAACCACACCCCUCUUCAUGACCCCUCCUCUCACGCCUCCCAACGAGGCCGUGUCGGCAGCCUUCAGCGCGGAGCUGGCUCACCUGUUCCCCGGAUCCAUGAUGGACCCAGGGCCUGUCAACCUGGCUGCACACAAGAACACACAGAAAGCCAAGCCGAGCCCCAUUGGUAGUGGUCUGGCUUUGGCCAUCUCCCAGGCAUCUCACUUCCUGCAGCCUCCUCCUCAUCAGUCCAUCAUCAUAGAACGGAUGCACUCAGGAGCUCGGCGCUUCGUCACGCUGGACUUUGGUCGUCCUGUCCUGCUGACUGACGUUCUGAUCCCGACCUGUGGAGACCUGGCUUCUCUGUCCAUGGACAUCUGGACGCUGGGUGAGGAGGUGGACGGCCGCAGGCUGGUUGUGGCGACCGACAUCAGCACCCACUCUCUCAUUCUCCACGACCUGCUGCCGCCCCCUGUCUGCAGGUUCAUGAAGAUCACAGUGAUUGGUCGCUAUGGCAGCACCAAUGCUCGGGCAAAGAUCCCACUGGGCUUCUACUAUGGCCACACUUACAUUCUGCCGUGGGAGAGCGAGCUUAAGUUGAUGCAUGAUCCUCUGCGGGGAGAGAGCGAGGCGGCCAGUCAGCCAGACAUAGAUCAGCACUUGACCAUGAUGGUGGCGCUGCAGGAGGACAUCCAGUGCAGGUACAAUCUAGCAUGCCAUCGACUGGAGACACUUCUGCAGAACAUUGACCUGCCGCCUCUCAAUAGCGCCAACAACGCCCAGUACUUCCUACGAAAACCAGACAAGGUAGUGGAGGAGGACCAGCGUGUGUUCUCAGCCUACCAGGACUGCAUCCAGCUGCAGCUGCAGCUCAACCUGGCUCACCACGCUGUUCAGCGACUCCGUGUGUCACUCGGUGCCAGCCGCAAGUCACUCCCCACGGCCGGGGCUGUGGAGGCCCAGGAGCUGGUUCAAAACUCCUCCACAGAGCAGCUGAGGACCAUCAUCCGCUACCUGCUGGACACACUGCUCAGCCUGUUGCACUCCAACAAUGGCCACUCUGUGCCCUCGGUGCUCCAGAGCACAUUCCAUGCCCAGGCCUGCGAGGAGCUCUUUAAACACCUCUGCAUCAGUGGGACACCCAAGAUCCGUCUUCAUGCCGGCCUGCUGCUGGUGCAGCUCUGUGGAGGCGAGCGUUGGUGGGGCCAGUUCCUCUCUAAUGUCCUGCAGGAGCUCUACAACUCUGAGCAACUGCUCAUCUUCCCCCAGGACAGGGUGUUCAUGCUCCUGUCCUGCAUUGGCCAAAGAUCCUUGAGUAACAGUGGUGUGUUGGAGGGGCUCCUCAACCUGCUGGACAGCCUGCUCUCCCCCCUGCAGCAGCCACAAGCUGCAGCCCAGCGCAGGACUGAAGGUGUUUUGGAUAUCCCCAUGAUCAGCUGGGUGGUGAUGCUGGUUUCUAGAUUGUUGGACUAUGUGGCCAGUAUAGAAGACGAAGCCUCUGGUGCAAAGAAGCACCUUGGUGGAAAAGAGCGGGAGAGAUCAUUUACAGGUAUUCAGUGGAGCUUCAUCAAUAACAGCCUUCAGUCUCAGAACUCCAGCAGGUCGGCUAAAAGCAGCAGCAGCCUGGACCGACUCUACUCCCGCAAGAUCCGCAAGCAGCUCGUCCACCACAAGCAGCAGUUGAAUCUAUUGAAAGCAAAACAGAAAGCUUUGGUGGAGCAGAUCGAGAAGGAGAAGAUCCAGAGCAACAAAGGCUCCUCCUACAAACUGCUGGUUGAACAGGCCAAGCUCAAACAAGCCACGUCCAAGCACUUUAAAGACCUGAUCCGUCUGCGGCGGACAGCUGAAUGGCCCCGCUCCACACUGGACACUGAGUCCCCAACAGCCAAAGAAGCCCCAGAGGUAGAACCUCUACCCUUCACACUGUCCCAUGAACGUUGCAUCUCCGUAGUGCAGAAGCUGGCUCUCUUCCUCCUCUCCAUGGACUUCACCUGCCACGCUGACCUGCUGCUCUUCGUCUGCAAGGUCCUUGCUAGGAUAGCCAAUGCCACAAGACCCACAAUCCACCUGUGUGAGGUGGUGUCUGAGCAGCAGCUGGAGCGCCUGCUGCUCCUGCUCGUGGGGACGGAUUUCAACCGAGGGGACAUCUCCUGGGGGGGUGCAUGGGCACAGUAUUCCCUCACCUGUAUGCUACAGGACAUCCUGGCAGGUGAACUGCUGUCUCCAGGCUCACUGGACGUCAUGGAGGAGGUGGCUGUGGGUGAGGAGGCUGGGGCGUCCUCCUCCUCAGUGGGGGCUGAUUCGGAUGACUCCCUUCCCCAGCCGGCACCCAUCCCCCUGGUAGAGAGCAUUGAUGAGGCCCUGGUACCUGAUAUCAUCGCAGGUACAACCGCGACCUCCUCAGUAUUCCAAAGUGCUCCACCUCUGUCAUCUUUGGAAAAAGAUAAAGACAUAGACUUUGACUUGCUACAAGACCUGAUGGAUGUUGAUAUUGAUCCUUUAGAUAUUGAUUUGGAAAAAGAUCCACUCGCUGCCAAAGUGUUUAAGCCUAUAAGCAGCACCUGGUAUGACUACUGGGGUGCUGACUAUGGCACAUAUGGGUACAACCCGUACAUUGGAGGGGUUGGUAUCCCUGUCUCCAAACCUCCAGUUGCUGCUGAGAAGCCCGGGUCACAGAGUCUGUCAGUGUCCGUGUCACAGGCUCUAGACGCCCGGCUAGAAGUGGGCCUUGAGCAGCAGGCUGAGCUGAUGCUCAAAAUGAUGGCAACUCUACAGGCCGACUCCAUUCUACAAGCCCUCACCUCCAGCUCCUCCACAGUCAGCCAGGCCUCCAAUGGGACCGAUGACUCCCUGCUGAGGGCCCUCCAUGGAGGAGGCUCUCCUCCAGGCAGCAGCAUCAUAAUCCAGCCCUCGUCCAUCCCCAUGCUGAGUGCCUGCUUUAACAAGCUCUUCUCCAUGCUGCAGGUCCACCAUGUACAGCUGGAGUCUCUGCUGCAGCUGUGGUUAACACUUAGUCUCAACACCUGCUCUGGCAGCAGUGAAGAGACUGGCUCAGACAUCUUCCUAUUCAACGCCAGCCGAGUGCCCACCAUCCCGCUCAACCAAGCAUCCAUCAGCAGUUUCCUGUCAGUGCUGGCGUGGUACCCCAACACCUCCCUGAGGACGUGGUGUCUGGUGCUGCACUCUCUCACUCUAAUGACCAACAUGUCAGCCUGCGUGAUUUGUAUAAACCUGUCUGAACCUCCAGCCUCCAGCAGUGGGUUGAGUUCUCAGGAAAGCACCGCUCAGCAGAUGGUAUCUGAUCCCACCCUGGUCCACGCCCUGGUGCGCUUCCUUUCCGGCAGCAGCACCAACGGGACGAGCCAACACACCUCUCAGGUGGGACCCACUGCCACCCAGGCCAUGCACGAGUUCCUGAGCCGCCUGCAGGUCCACCUGUCCUCCACCUGUCCGCAGAUGUUCAGCGAGUUCCUGCUCAAACUCAUGCACAUCCUGUCUACUGAGAGGGGUCCAUUCCAGUCAGGUCAGGGUCCCCUGGACGCCCAGGUGAAGCUUUUGGAAUUUACUCUGGAGCAAAACUUCGAGGUGGUGUCAGUGGCCACCAUCUCCUCUGUCAUCGAGUCCAUCACGUUCCUGGUUCACCACUACAUCACCUGCUCAGAUAAGGUGGUCUCCCGCAGCGGCUCCGACAGCUCUGUGGGUGCCCGCGCUUGUUUUGGCGGCCUGUUUGCCAACAUCAUCCGUCCAGGAGAUGCAAAGGCAGUGUGUGGAGAGACAACACGUGACCAGCUGAUGUUUGACCUCCUCAAGCUGGUCAACGUGCUGGUGCAGCUUCCUCUGUCUGGAGACAGAGAGUUCAGUGGACGGCUGCCGCCGGCCUGCAGCGGAGCAGCAGACAGUAGUGUGUCUGACGAGGAGAAGGUCUGCGGCAGUAAAGAAAGUGUGAGCGGAGGAUCCGCAUCCAGUCAGGGUCCUCCUGCAGGUGUGGCCGACCUGGUGCUGGCCAAUCAGCAGAUAAUGAGCCAGAUCCUGUCAGCACUUGGCCAGUGCAACAGCAGCGCCAUGGCCAUGAUCAUAGGAGCCAGCGGUCUCCACCUGACCAAACAUGAGAACUUCCAUGGGGGUCUGGAUGCCAUCUCAGUCGGUGAUGGCCUCUUUACCAUCCUCACCACCCUGAGUAAAAGGGCCACGUCGGUCCAAGUCAUGUUACAGCCCAUCCUCACCUACAUGGCCUGUGGUUACAUGGGUAGACAGGGGUCUCUUUCCACAUGUCAGCUGUCAGAGCCUCUUCUGUGGUUCAUCCUCCGAGUGCUGGACACCAGCGAGGCUCUCAAGGCCUUCCAUGACAUGGGUGGUGUACAAUUGAUCUGUAACAACAUGGUGACCAGCACCCGGGCCAUUGUGAACACAGCACGUAGUAUGGUGUCCACCAUCAUGAAGUUCUUGGACUCAGGCCCUGGAAAGACAGCAGAUGGAAACCUCAAAGCCAGAGUGAUGACCUCAGAGCCAGACAACGCUGAGGGACUCCACAACUUCGCCCCUUUAGGCACCAUCACAUCCAGCAGCCCCACAGCACAGCCAGCAGAGGUCCUCCUUCAGGCCACGCCGCCCCACCGCCGGGCCCGCUCUGCAGCAUGGUCCUACAUCUUCCUGCCAGAGGAGGCCUGGUGUGACCUCACCAUUCACCUUCCUGCUGCUGUGCUUCUGAAGGAACUGCACAUCCAGCCACACCUUGCUUCUCUAGCCACCUGUCCGUCCUCAGUCUCAGUGGAGAUCAGCGCUGACGGGGUCAACAUGUUGCCGCUCUCCACGCCCGUCAUCACCAGCGGCCUGACGUACAUAAAGAUCCAGCUGUUGAAGGCGGAGGUUGCCUCGGCUGUUUGCCUGAGGCUGCACCGGCCUCGUGAUGCCAGCACCCUGGGUCUUUCUCAGAUUAAACUCUUGGGCCUGACAGCAUUUGGAAACACCUCCUCUGCAACUGUCAACAACCCCUUCCUACCUUCUGAGGACCAGGUCUCCAAAACCAGCAUUGGGUGGCUGCGUCUCCUCCACCACUGCCUGACGCACGUCAGCGACCUGGAGGCCAUGAUGGCCAGUGCUGCAGCACCCACCGCCAACCUGCUGCAGACCUGCGCAGCACUGCUCAUGUCACCUUACUGUGGCAUGCACUCCCCCAACAUCGAGGCCGUGCUGGUCAAGAUCGGCCUGCAGUCGACUCGCAUUGGACUCAAACUCAUUGACAUUCUGCUGAGGAACUGUGCUGCCUCUGGCACAGACCCGGCCAAUCUGAACAGUCCUUUGCUGUUUGGGCGACUGAACGGUCUCUCCUCAGACUCCACCAUCGACAUUCUGUACCAGCUUGGCACCACGCAGGACUCUGGGACCAAAGACAGGAUUCAGGCUCUCCUUCAGUGGGUCCACGACUCUUCACGGGUAGCAGCCCACAAAAUGAGUGUCCCUAUGGGAUACACCGGGGCCGGCUCCUCCUCGGCUUCGUUGAGGGAGUAUGGCCUCCUCAUGCCUUCACCCUCCCACCUCCACUGUGUGGCAGCCAUCCUGUGGCACAGCUAUGAGCUGCCUGUCGACUACGACCUCCCUGCACUGCUCAACAGAGAGCUCUUUGAGCUGCUGUAUAACUGGUCCAUGUCGUUGCCGUGCAACAUCGUGUUGAAGAAAGCCGUGGACAGCCUGCUGUGCUCCAUGUGUCACAUCCACCCCAGCUACUUCUCCCUGCUCAUGUCCUGGAUGGGGAUCGUCUCAGCGCCCAGCGCCAGCCACUCCCAAGCCCAACACUGCCGCCUCUCCAUGACUGAUGACGGCAAAAAGCAGCAUGAUGCCAACACAAACGCCUCAGGACUUACAGAUGACUCCAAGCACGCGAGAUCCCCCACUAAUCUGUCUGAAUCGCAGCUGACCACGCUGGCCGCUGCCUCUCAGUCUCCGGGGGCUAUAGAGCAGCUGCUGGACUCAGGCUUACCCUCGCUGCUGGUUCGCAGCCUGGCCCAGUUCUGUGUUGGCCUCUUGGCCAGCGCCGACCUCCCUCUGCCUGCUGCUCAGGCCGAGAGAAGACACCACCAUCACCACUACCACUCAUCCUCCUCAUCCUCUCACAGUCGGCCCCCUUUGGCUGCGGAGCUGGCUGCUCCGGUGCUGCGCUUCCUCACAGAAGUAGGCAACAGUCACACCAUGAAGGACUGGUUAGGAGGACCAGAGGUCAACCCGCUGUGGACCGCACUGCUCUUCCUGCUUUGCCAUUCCAGUGCCAGUGCCGGUGCCAAUGCAGGCUGUCAGCCUCUGAGCUCUGGAUCUGCAGCAGCUCCCUCUCCAUCCCAGCCUCAGCAUUCAGGGUCACGCUUCUCUCUGGCAUCUUCUGGCCAAGCUGGAGGUCUCACCACCCAGCAGAGGACGGCUCUGGAGAACGCCACUGUGGCCUUCUUUCUCCAGUGUAUCUCCUGCCACCCCAACAACCAGCGGCUCAUGGCACAGGUUCUCUGUGAACUCUUCCAGUCUGCACCCCAGAGAGGUAACGUGCCCAUCUCUGGAAACAUCUCAGGCUUCAUUCGAAGGCUUUUCCUUCAGCUCAUGUUGGAGGAUGAGAAGGUCACAGUCUUCCUGCAGUCUCCCUGUCCGUUAUACAAAGGACGCAUCAAUGCCACCAGUCACAUGAUCCAGCAUCCCAUGUAUGGAGCAGGCCACAAGUACCGCACCCUCCACCUGCCCAUCUCCACCACGCUGGCUGAAGUUCUGGACCGGGUGUCUGACACGCCCAGCAUCACAGCCAAGCUGAUCAAUGAGCAGAAGGAGGACAAGGAGAAGAAGAACCAUGAGGAGAGGGAGAAGAUGAAAGCAGACAGUGGUUUCCAAGACAACUACAGUGUUGUGGUGGCCUCAGGCUUAAAGUCCCAGUCCAAGCGGGCUCUGUCAACCCCUCCCCGACCUCCAUCAAGGAGGGGCCGCGUGAUGAGUGACAAGCUGACUGCUUCAUCUGGUGUGGACCCCUCAGCCAAAACCAUCAGUGUGCCUGUCUUCCACCUCUACCACAAGCUGCUUCCAGGUCAGCCCCUCCCACCUGAGAUGACCCUGGCCCAGCUCCUGACGCUCCUGUAUGACCGCAAGCUGCCACAAGGCUACCAGUCCAUCAACCUGACCGUCAAACUGGGCUCCAAGGUCAUCUCUGACCCGGGUCUUUCCAAGACCGACUCCUUUAAGAGGCUGCGCACUGAGAAAGGUCCUCUCUUUGCUCUGCUUGCAGUGGAUCACUGUGACACACUCAACAGCUGCUCUGAGGACGAACCAAUGAUGGCCAGUGAAGAAUGUCUGGAUGCUGCCACUGAUGAGUCCUUGUUGGAGACCAACCCCAUCCAGUCACCGCUGCAGGUCUUCGCAGGCAUGGGUGGUCUGGCCCUGAUCGCAGAGAGGCUGCCUAUGCUCUACCCUGAUGUGAUACAGCAGGUCAGCGCCCCGGUGGUGCCCUCAGCCACACAGGAGAAGCCCAAGGACAGCGACCAGUUUGAGUGGGUCACCAUCGAGCAGUCGGGUGAGCUGGUGUAUGAGGCACCGGAGUCCAUCGCCACUGAGCCACCGCCCAUGAACAAGCAGCAGUCUCAGUCGUCCUCGUCGUCCUCGUCCUCCGUGCAGACCAUGUCGCCCAUCCCUGCCCACUCGCUGGCGGCGUUCGGCCUGUUCCUGCGCCUGCCAGGUUACGCAGAGGUGCUGCUGAAGGAGAGGAAGCACGCCCAGUGUCUGCUGCGCUUGGUGCUGGGAGUGACAGACGACGGAGAGGGCAGUCACAUCCUGCAGUCUCCAUCAGCCAACGUGUUGCCCACGCUGCCCUUCCACGUCCUGCGGGCACUGUUCAGCAGCACUCCUCUCACCACUGACGACGGCGUGCUUCUGCGUCGCAUGGCUCUGGAGAUCGGCGCCAUCCACCUCAUCUUGGCCUGUCUGUCGGCUCUCAGCCACCACGCCCCCCGCAACCCCAACGCCAGCACCAGUGUCUCUGAGCCGCAGAUAUCCAGUUGUCAUGGUGGGGGGACCAGUGAAGAGCAGCAGUUGUACUGGGCUAAAGGAACUGGCUUUGGUACUGGAUCCACUGCCUCAGGCUGGGAUGUUGAGCAGGCCCUCACAAAACAACGGCUGGAGGAGGAGCAUGUCACCUGUCUACUUCAGGUCUUGGCCAGUUACAUCAACCCAGCAGGCUCCUGUAGCUGCCACAGUGCUGACGGCUCCUCUGCAGAUAGCAGAUCCCACAACAGCUCAGCCCUGCCAGCUGUGCUGCAGGAGCUGCUGAGCCAGUCCUGCCUCAUCCCCGCUAUGUCCUCAUACCUGCGCAACGACUCAGUUCUGGACAUGGCGCGCCACGUGCCUUUAUACCGGGCACUACUGGAGCUGCUGAGGGCCAUUUCCACCUGCACCGCCCUGGUCCCUCUGCUGCUACCUCUGUCUGGAGACCCGGGGCAGAGUGAGGAGGAGGAGGAUGAAGAACACUCUGAGGGACAGACCUCUGUUGGGAUGCUGCUGGCCAAGAUGAAGACAUGUGUGGACACAUACACCAAUCGCCUCAGGUCAAAGAAAGAUAAGAGUAAAGGCGUGGUGAAGACUGAAAGCUCAGAUCCAGAGCCUGAGGGUUUGACUCUGCUGGUCCCUGACAUCCAGAGGACGGCUGAAAUAGUAUACACUGCCACAACAAGCCUGCGGCAGGCCAACCAGGAGAGGAAGCUGGUGGAGUCUUCAAGGAAGGUGUCGAGCCGGCCCAAGCCCCUCUCCAUCCUCCGCUCUCUAGAAGAGAAAUAUGUAGCUGUCAUGAAGAAGCUGCAGUUUGACACCUUUGAAAUGGUCUCAGAGGAUGAGGACGGGAAGCUCAUGUUCAAGGUCAACUACCACUACAUGUCUCAGGUGAAGAACGCCAGCGAUACCAACAGCGCAGCCCGAUCCCGCCGCCUUGCCCAGGAGGCCGUCACCCUGUCCACCUCUCUGCCCCUGUCAUCCUCGUCCAGCGUUUUCGUUCGCUGUGAUGAGGAGAGACUGGACAUCAUGAAGGUUCUCAUCACAGGGCCGGCCGACACCCCGUACGCCAACGGCUGCUUCGAGUUCGAUGUGUAUUUUCCCCAGGACUAUCCCAACUCUCCUCCACUGGUCAAUCUGGAGACAACUGGUGGACACAGCGUGCGCUUUAACCCCAACCUCUACAAUGACGGGAAAGUAUGUUUAAGUAUCCUCAACACAUGGCAUGGGAGACCAGAGGAGAAAUGGAACCCACAGACCUCAAGCUUUUUACAGGUGCUAGUGUCGGUGCAGUCCCUCAUCCUGGUGGCUGAGCCCUACUUCAACGAACCAGGGUAUGAACGCUCCCGUGGUACUCCCAGCGGCACCCAGAGCUCACGGGAAUAUGAUGGCAACAUCCGGCAGGCCACCGUCAAAUGGGCCAUGCUGGAGCAGAUGCGCAACCCCUCACCAUGCUUCAAAGAGGUAAUCCACAAACACUUCUACCUGAAGCGAACAGAGAUCAUGUCUCAGUGUGAGGAGUGGAUUGUCGACAUCCAGCAGUACAGCAGCGACAAGAGGGUCGGCCGCACGAUGUCCCACCAUGCUGCUGCACUGAAGAGACACACGGCUCAGCUGAGGGAGGAGUUUCUGAAGCUGCCCUGCCCCGACGGUCUGGAGCCUGAUGGAGACGAGUUCUCAGAGAAGAGUGCCGCCCUCAUCCUCAAAGAGCUGCCCAGUCAGGACGCAGAGAAGCCUGGCAGCAGUCAGGACGGCCACUGCAGCGAGGGCCAGCUAUGAGUCCCCACCCCCACCCCCUCCCAGCAUCUCCAACCCUCCCCUCUCCUCCUUAUGAUUAUUGCUCUUGAAAAGACUCAAUGGCUUCAGAGCACAAGCCACCACUUUGUCAAUAUUUGUAUGUAAAGAUCUAAUGGCAGAAGCGCAGAGUGAGGGGAGGAGACACGAUGAGACGAACUCUGAACUAUGCUACACUCUUACUGAAUCAGUCAACAGAAACUUUUAUUUACCUGUACAAGAGUGUAAACAUUUUGUGCUUUUUCCAAUUGUGAAAUAACCACUGAUUGGUAUGUUAUUAAACUUGUUUAUGUAUACAUAAUGGAAGAGGAAGAUUACAGAGUAUAUAAGGGAAACUACCUUUAGAGAAGAAUGUUUACUGAAUGUUAAUUUCCUUUUUUUUGACUGUUAGAGUGAGAACAGUUGUAACCAAGGAUAGACUGGUCAUACUAUUUAAAAAAAAAAAAAAAAAAAAAAAAAAAAGAGUGAGAAAAGAAAUCACACGUAAUAGAAUCUGAGAUAAAAGCCCCUCUGGUCAUCACCUGCUUCAUUUGAUUUCUCCAGGAUCAUAUCCACUGAAUAAAGGCUGACAUGGACGUUCCUCAUGUUCUGUUCUCCCUUCUACAGGCUCCACAUUAAAACGCACCAUGCUCUGGAUAAACACUUCUCCAUGACCGUGACUGUAGAUCGUGAGACUGAGCGUCAGAGCCACAUCAGAAAUGUACUUUGAAAGCUUGUGCAUGUGUGUGUGUGUGUUUUCUGUGCGUGUGCAACAAUCCCCAGUGAGAUACAAAGCUGUGAUGUGCCUUUGAUCUACACCAUACCACCAAAUACUCCAGAGUACCUUUACUGAUUUCUUUGCUUUUUCUACAAAUUAAUAAUUCUGCUCCGUUUGACAUAAAAACUGCUUUAAUCUUUUUUUAUUAUGUUGAACUCCAGUGAACAAAAAAAUGCACUUUCUAUUUUGCUCACUCCUUAGAACAGUCACAUACUCCUUUUGCUAGGACAUUAAAUGGAGCUUGAAAGUACA